UUUUCCUCAGUUUUCUAUUGCUCCAUCUUCCUCCUUUCUCUCUUUCUCUCUCUUCCCAUCACUCUCCCUUCUACGUUCAACAAAUGCCUACCUCCAAAUUGAAUCCCCCCUAUUAAUUUGCUCGUGCUUGCGUAAACCAAAAGCUUGGUAUAUUAGUCUCUUGUUGGAACACUAGCUAAUACACAAAUCAUUGUCUGUCGCAUUUCUUUAAUCGCUCUGCCUAUAGCUGUUUCUCGACAUGGGCAAGAAAGACCAAGCAGAUCACAAAGACAACACCAAAGUUGAAGCUGUUCUUGGCCUCAUCAGAAAACAAACCCCUCUUACUGUUAAACAGGAGAAGUUCUGCAACUACGCUUGCGUAGAACGGUUUCUGAGAGCGAAGGGGGAUAAUGUUAAAAAAGCUGCAAAGCAACUCAGGGCUUGUUUGUCUUGGAGAGAGAAUAUAGGAACGGAGCAUUUGAUAGCAGAUGAGUUCUCGGCGGAACUUUCCGACGGGUUGGCAUAUGUGGCAGGUCACGACGAUGAAUCCAGACCUGUUAUGAUAUUCCGGAUGAAGCAAGACUACCAGAAGUUACAUUCCCAGAAAAUGUUUACUCGAUUGCUGGUGUUCACACUGGAAGUGGCCGUCUCGACCAUGCCAAAAAACGUCGAACAGUUUGUGAUGCUUUUUGACGCCAGCUUUUACAGGUCGGCAUCCGCUUUUAUGAACUCACUGCUGCCAGCACUGAAAAUUGUAGGAGAGUACUACCCAGGUCGGCUCUAUAAGGCCUUCGUCAUAGACCCUCCUUCUCUCUUCGCUUAUCUCUGGAAGGGAGUGCGGGCAUUUGUGGAGUUAUCGACGGUGACAACGAUAGUAUCGUCCUUAGACUUUGAGGAAUCACUGGACUUCAAUGACAUGGCGGCUUACCCGAGAGCCUGCUCCUCCCUCCGAUUCGAUCCCUCCGCCAUCAAGUCAACGGCUAAGAUCGGCUCCUGCUCCUCCUCUCGCUUCUCCUUCACCGUCUCCCACCACUUCGACUCCCUCAAGCCUUGGUACCUGAGCUUAACGGACACGGCGGCAUCCAAGUUGGGACCCACCAACCUGGGCCCCGCGCUGAUCUCCCCGCUCAACGCCCGGUCCCUCUCCUUCGCGUCGCCGGUUGCCAGAGCACCCCGCGGGGACAUCAGCGGCAGGCUGGCCACCAGGAAGAGCCUGUUCCCGUCGACUCCGCUGCCGCAGCGCGUGACGCCGAAGGAGGUGGCGACGCCCAGGAGGACGCCACGGCCCUCGUUCCUGCACUCACCGGCCGUGUUCUUCCGAAAGGAGGGCCACGUCAGCAAGGCGGACAGGUGUCGGGAAUCUUUCUCGCCGUUCUUGAAGUUCUACAGGAGGCCGUACGACGAGAUGAUUUAUAGGUCAAAGAUGAGGCCCCCACUUGGCGGCCUCAUUUCCAUCGUCUCUCCGCACAUCAGACGACGCCACGUCUCGGUGUCGCAGCGUUUCUAAGCAUACGGAAACGCAAUCAACGGCGCCACGAGUACAUACAACAAGUAUUUUGAUUAAUUUGACUAGCCAAUCCAUGAGUCUACAUAACACUAACAACAAUUUAAAAAAAACCAAAAAAAAGAAAAAGAGAAUGACGACGACGUGCUGGGCGGGGCGUGAAACGGUGUGCAGUCUGCAUUAAUUUGGUUCUUUCGCAGCUUCGAGGGGGGAUGCCUGGAAAUGAGGUAGCGUAAUGGAAACGGCGAAGCAUCCUUUGAAAAUGUUGCGCGCGCGGUGGGAAAUAGAAGGAGGAGGAGAAGACGACUAAUACCAGGAAGACGUUGAAAGUGAAACGACAGCGUCGAAAUUUGUAAUACGGUUAUUAUUAUUUAUAUGUAUUUGUUGCUGUUCUUGUAGUAACUUUGACUAUAUAUUAUGGAGCGUGAGAAACAAGGGGUUAGAGGCAGAGUCUUUGGGACCAACUUGGUCGGACUUCUUUUGUCAGGUUUAUAAUAAGGAAAACGAAAGAGAGAGAGAGUUUGAAAACUCGGACACUAGCUACUGUUGUACUGUUACUACUGUUGUAUUUUGUCAAUAGUUUAUGGCAGAGUUGGUAAGAAUAAGUGUCGGGUAUUUAUUGUGUGAGAAGUCAACCAGGGCUGUGUUUCAAAAUUUUAAUGGAGUGAGAGAGUAUGGGGAGUUGAGAAGUGAAGAAUUUGAUAAAAGAGGAAGAUACGGAGUGGUAUUGGGGAAUGGGAUGCUUGUGUCGUGUAUCUCAUGUGACUGAGGUUAAGGAAUCAAGAAUGUAAGAGGAAUCAAUGUUAGUGUAAGCAUCAUAUGAAGUACAUAGCUGGAGGGCUUUGAGUUUGAGGAGCAGUGAGGACAAACGCAGACUGAGGUAUUUUGGCCGUUUUACGUGAGCAGGUAGUGUUUGGAUUGAGUGCGUUUGCUUGAAACUCAAAGUCUUUGCUUCGCUUCUGUUGCUGCUUUUGGAGUGUUUGAGGCUUACAAAUGAAAAACGACAGGGAAACCCAGUGUGGCCAGCCCCAGCCGCAGGCUCUUUCUUCAACUUGGGGGGGGGGGGGGGCUUUCCUUGUCACCAGGGUCAAUCCUAAUAACCCCUCCCUCAUCUUCAUUCCGACAAACUUGGCUUCAUUCAUGGCUUCCCAGUCGGAAAUAUGUUGCCCGUAGGGGACUAUGGAUUCUUGUUUUUCCCAAAUAUGGAUUCACCCACCACUUAGCUUUCA